AUGUUCGAUCUGGCAGUUGUCGGAGCGGGUCCGGGCGGUUAUGUCGCGGCCAUCAAGGCGGCACAGGCGGGGUUGCGAGUGGCGUGCCUGGAGCGGCGCGCGUUGGCGGGGGGUACAUGUUUGAAUGUUGGUUGUAUUCCUACGAAAACAAUGUUGCACAUUACGGAGUUGGCUGAGCAGGCGGGUCAGCAAGCCAAGGUCCUACGAGACAAACCGGGGUCGGGGGUGGAGUUGGCUAAGUUGGUUAAGCACCGGGAGCAAGUCGUACAGCAGCUGGGGAAGGGUAUUGGGUUCCUGUUCAAGAAGAACAAGGUGGAGGCGUUGUGGGGUGAGUCCGCCCGCUUCGUGUCGCCGACCAAGCUGGCGUUUGGCAACCGCGAGGUGGAGGCGAAGCACGUCAUAGUUGCUACGGGUUCGACGCCUGCGGAACUGCCUGGGCUCAAGAUUGACGAGAAGCACAUACUGAGCAGCGACGGGGCUUUGUCAUUGACGCAGGCGCCCAAGAAGCUCUUGGUCGUAGGAGGGGGAGUCGUUGGCUUGGAAUUUGCCACCGUUUUCAGACGACUCGGAAGCAGUGUCGAGGUCCUGGAGUUCUUGCCUCAGAUUGGUGGUGCCUUGGACACGCAGGUUGCACAAAGUUUGCGCAAGAUUCUCGAAAAGCAAGGAGUCAAGAUACACACGGGCGUGGCGGUGCAGGGAGCCACCGUCGAGGGCGACCACGUCACUGUUACCGCCAAGGCGAACGGAACAACGAUGCAGUUUGCUGGUGACAAGGUCUUGGUGUGUGUGGGACGGCGAGCAAACACGCAAAACCUAGGCCUGGAAGAAUUGGGGGUCGAGAAGGACCGGGCGGGCCGCAUCCUGGUCGACGAGCACUACAAUACUAAUGUCGCACCCAUUUUGGCCAUUGGAGACUGCAUACCUGGCCCCAUGUUGGCGCACAAGGCGGAAGAAGACGGCGUGGCUGCAGUCGAGAACAUCCUCGGACACCCCGCCAGCAAUCACUUCUACAAAUACGUGCCGGCCGUCGUCUACACUUCACCCGAGUGCGCGACCGUUGGUGCCACUGAAGACGAACUGAAGCAAGCCCGAGUUGCGUACAAAGCGGCUUCCUUCCCGAUGGCUGCGAACUCCAGGAGCAAGUGCAACGGACACACGGACGGAUUCGUUAAGGUGCUCGUGGACCCCGCUACCACCCGCAUCCUAGGUGCCUCCAUUAUAGCCGAAUGCGCUGGAGAAAUGAUAACGGAACUGACACUUGCCGUCAAGUACGGAAUCACCGCUACACAACUUGCAGCGACAAUACACCCUCAUCCGACCAUCUCCGAAGCUGUCAAAGAAGCGUGUCUGGCCGCGUCCGCCAAGGCCAUCCAUCUCUAA